AUGAGCUGGAUCAAUGCCUUCUUUAGCGGUUACGUCAUUUUGAAACUACCUUUCCCUCUUACAAUCAAGUUCAAGAGCAUGCUACAGGCUGGUGUCGCGACCAAGGACAUGGACCCCCGGUGGAUGUCUAGCAUCUCUUGGUAUUUCCUUUGCAUCUUUGGUCUUCAGUCCGUCUUCAACUUCUUGCUCGGUAGUGACAAUGCCGCCAACCAGGUCGCUGCCCAGAUGGGUCAAAUGGGCCCUCAAGCACAAAUGUUCGGACCUGGUCAGGAUCCGGAUAAGCAGUUCCAGGCCGAAGCGGAAAACUUGGCGGUCAUUGACCACUACUCCGUCCUCGAUGAUAUUGAGGACAGGCUUCUAGCGUCUGUCGGGGUAUAG